AUGGGCUGUAGCGCCUCUCAGAUCGACGGCGCGCGUGCAGGCGCCAAUACGAUGCCGUCAGGCCAUUUGUUGUCCGUUAAUUCGGUGGCGGGGAUGAUUUGUCCGCUCCUCCUCCCUCGCCGCUCCUCCUCCCUCGCCGCUCCUCUUCGCUCACCUCCUCCUCAUCCUUCCAUGCAUUCUCCCUUCAUCCCCUUUCGACGUCUCCGAUUCCAUUCCAUCACACAAGCGCCCACUUCCCAUCGCGCUCGCCUUCAUUCCCUCCUCGCUCCUCCUCCCCUUCUACCUCCUCCUCCCCCCACAAACAGUCUCACCGUAACGCCCCAAGCCGCGCCCACCGUCCCCUGCCCCCCUCCUUCCCUCAACCGCCCCAUCCUCACCGCCCUGCUGCUCCCCCUCCCUCGCCGUGCCUUCUCGUCCGCCCGCCAGUCGUGCCAGGCAAGCGUCCCUGCCAGGCAAGCCUCCCUGCCAGGCAAGCCUCCCUGCCAGGCAAGCCUCCCUGCCAGGCAAGCCUCCCUGCCAGGCAAGCCUCCCUGCCAGGCAAGCCUCCCUGCCAGGCAAGCCUCCCUGCCAGGCAAGCCUCCCUGCCAUGCAAGCCUCCCUGCCAGGCAAGCCUCCCUGCCAGGCAAGCCUCCCUGCCAGGCAAGCCUCCCUGCCAGGCAAGCCUCCCUGCCAGGCAAGCCUCCCUGCCAGGCAAGCCUCCCUGCCAUGCAAGCCUCCCUGCCAGGCAAGCCUCCCUGCCAGGCAAGCCUCCCUGCCAGGCAAGCCUCCCUGCCAGGCAAGCCUCCCUGCCAGGCAAGCCUCCCUGCCAGGCAAGCGUCCCUGCCAGGCAAGCCUCCCUGCCAGGCAAGCCUCCCUGCCAGGCAAGCCUCCCUGCCAGGCAAGCCUCCCUGCCACGCCACGCGCACCUGCUCCACCCCUCCACCCCACACCCCUCCCCCUCCCCCAUUUCCCAUUGCUGCCAUUCUCACAAGUGCUUGUGAUCUGGCCUCCUGCUCCCUCCCCCGCUCCCGUUCCCUGUUGCGCACCCACCUUCCUUUCCCCUCCCAGCGCCACCUGCCAGUGCGUGUGAUAUCAGUCGGCAG